UUGUUUCGGUUACAAAAUGUGAAAAUUGAAAUAAAUAAGUUAUUAAACAACAAAAAUGACGGAAAAAUUAAAGGACUAUCAAGUUCUUGACGUUCUCUGCGGUGGCACAUUUUACAAAGUAAAACACAAGGUCACAAAUAACAUAUUCGCUUGGAAGGCGUAUAAUUGUUCUGCAUUCUCUGACGAACAAAUUCAAAACGUCGAUAAUGAAGUGAAAAUAUUGAGUCAACAACUAUCUGGCAACUUCCUACGUUACUACGAUACGAUAUUACAUGGACCGACGAAAACACUUUACUUUGUUCUUGAGUACAAUUCUUGGCAGAGCGUCCAAGAAUUAAUCGCGCUAUGCAAGGCCACUGACAAGCAUUUCACUGAAAGUUUCAUCUGGUACCUAUUGCUGGAACUGGCGCGAGCAUGUAAGACCGUAGAAAAUUUAAAUUUUGUAGCUCUAAGGAAAUGUUUAACACCACAGUCGAUUUUUGUUAGCCAGAAUGGCGAGUUACGCAUCAAUUGUUUUGAGUUAUCUUUGGAGACUUCGCAAUCAUCAAACCUUAUCCAACAGGUUGGAGAGUUAUUACGAAUCUUGUGUUACCGUCCUGGUGCUUGUGAUGAUAAAAUCAAAGAAUUCCAUUAUAGCGACGAUCUAAGAGACGUCAUAUGUUUCAUAUCCGAUGUUAAAAACGCCAACAUACGUCCAGACGUGGUCCUUUAUCAUCCUACGAUCCUUGCGAACACAGACACUUUUUCAUGUCCAGAAUUUAUGUCAGACAUCCUUGUGUCAGUAGAGAACUCCAUCCUAACAUCAAGUGCAAAUAAAUGUGAUUCAGAGAAGGCAGUUGAGCAGUGCAGGAUUAUAGAGCCUCCUCCUAGAACACAUCUUAAUCUUGACAGUCCAAUCUAUUGCAAUGUCCGUCCAAGCUGGACAAAUGAGAAAGAUGAUUGUCCUCCGGACCCCUUGUCUCCAACAAUUGCAGCUUUAGCACUAGAGUUGCCAGGCUUUGUACCAAGAAGCAGAAAGCCAUACUGUGAAGCACUUGAAAUGUAUAAUCGUCCACAAUUGGUUUCAGAAGAGACUUUAAGUGAACAAUGGAUGUCUCGUCUAAUGGCACUCAGGGAAAGAGAAGAAUCUUUAAAUAAGAGGGAGAGAAACUUAAUAGCUAAAGAAAUAAUAAAUAGUCCCAUGACCAAAGUUAUAUCUCUGGAUGAUUCAAACGAAACUAGUGACUUUAAAAGUAAUGGAAUAACUUUACCUCCAGUAUUUCACCCAGUCAAUGAGGAAGUGAAGAAUAACUGGGUAUCUCGAAGACACCACAGAAGAUCUAGCUCAGUGCGAACCAAAGCCAGAAGAAAGAGCUAUGCCUAUGAAGACUUAGACAGUUCAUUAUCUGCAGAUAAUGGAGACAGCAGCAUGAUUGUUACUGCUGCAAAGAUAACCAAGGAGAACAUGCCUGUGAGGAAUAUAUUUCCUGAAAUCUCAACUAAGAAAGUUCAUUUUACAGCCAGCAACCCUUUUGUUGAAAGUGAUGAAAGUGUAACUCUUACAUUUUAUGAGUUGGAGAAUGUGGACAGUGAGGGAUAUCAAGUGCCAAGAAAAGAUACAAAAGUGCUGAAGGAUAUCACCAAGUUCAAAUAUUUAGACCUGGAAAAGUUAACUUCGGAAAAGAGAGCUGCCAUGCAUCAUUCAUCAUCCUCCCCUUCGAAACAAGCUAAGUUAACAAGUAAGGUGUUCACUGAUAUUACAAAUAGUACUAUAAAGAAGACUCCAUCAAAAAGUAGUCUCUCUUCCAAGGGUUCCAAUGUUUCCAAAAAUUCUUUGAGGAGUUCAAGAAGCAUGUGGAGUUCUGAAUCUCGCAAGUUGGUUGAGAGUGACAGCAGUGAACAAAAAAAUAAUAAAAUGACCUAUAUGCAGAUGCCUACCAUUCCACCAGAUCUUAAAAAGUCUAAGAGAAAGUCCUUGCUUCCAUUCAAGACUCCUUUUAAAUUUAAAACAACAACUAAAGUGUAAUGUUAUUACUUAUUUAAAAAACGAUUUUUGAUAAGCAUACUUACUAUAAUGAUCAAUUGAAUUUUAUACACAAUAAUUAUUUUAUUUGAAGUUGGAGUUGAGAGUAGUUUGUAGAUGCUUGUAACUAUUGCAAUAAGUUCCUUUGGUUGUGGUAUUUUUUUUGUUAUUGUAGCAUGCUUCCUUCGUACUAGUUCCAUGAAAAUAUUGGAACAAACCAAUUAUGUGA